CUGUGACCCGGAAGUGUACUCUUGCAGCAACCGAGGAAGUGGAGGGUCUAGGAGUGGGACAGGUUGAAAGAAGGGGUUUCGCUGAAGUUUUCCACGUCUUUAUCUGAAUUGCAAAAAUCAGGCAACUGUCCCUAACACGAGACAACAUGAGUGACCAGCAGUUGGACUGUGCCUUGGACUUAAUGAGGCGCUUGCCUCCACAACAAAUUGAGAAGAACCUCAGCGACCUCAUUGAUCUGGUCCCAAGUCUCUGUGAAGACCUCCUCUCCUCGGUAGACCAGCCUCUAAAAAUUGCCAGAGACAAGGUAAUAGGCAAAGAUUACCUGCUUUGUGACUACAACAGAGAUGGUGAUUCAUACAGGUCACCGUGGAGUAACAAGUAUGACCCUCCACUGGAGGAUGGUGCUAUGCCUUCAGCUCGGCUGCGUAAAUUAGAAGUGGAAGCCAACAAUGCUUUUGACCAGUACAGAGACCUAUAUUUCGAAGGUGGAGUGUCUUCGGUGUAUCUUUGGGAUCUAGACCAUGGUUUUGCUGGUGUAAUUCUCAUCAAGAAGGCUGGUGAUGGCUCUAAGAAGAUCAAAGGCUGCUGGGACUCCAUCCAUGUUGUGGAGGUGCAGGAAAAGUCUAGUGGUCGCACAGCCCAUUACAAGCUCACAUCUACAGUGAUGCUUUGGCUACAGACUAACAAAACCGGAUCUGGUACCAUGAAUCUGGGAGGUAGCCUUACUCGUCAGAUGGAAAAAGAUGAGACUGUAAGCGACUCAUCCCCACACAUAGCAAAUAUUGGACGGCUUGUAGAGGACAUGGAAAAUAAGAUCAGAAGUACGCUGAAUGAAAUUUAUUUUGGCAAAACAAAGGACAUAGUCAAUGGACUGAGAUCAAUCGAUGCUAUACCUGACAACCAAAAGUAUAGACAGUUGCAGAGAGAACUUUCUCAAGUCCUGACUCAGCGACAGAUAUACAUCCAACCUGAAAAUUAAGGUACCCACCUGACGGUGCAAAGUCUUGCAGACAAGUCAAAACAAGAUGCACUCAAAAAUGAUCUGGUGGAGGCUAUCCGGAAAAAGCAGCAAAAUUAAAGGUCAUCUUUAUGCUACUCAAGACUUGCCAUGCACUCAUUAGUAAUUUUGUAGACACUUUUGUUCCCCAUAUGCCCUCCUGUCUCAUUUUAUGUCCACAUGCAUAUCCGCUGUGAUUCAUCCCAAAGCCAUUUCUUCAUAAUUAAUGCUGUAUAAAAUAUUUGAAGUUUACUUGUUGCUUCAUAGUCUUACAGUUUGACCCCCUUAUGAAAUCUGUCCCUCAUUAAGUUGUCUUUUUUUUGUCAUUAAACUGCGCAAGACAUCACUUGUAUUUUUCAUGUUUUUGUUACGUGUAAAAAUGUAAAACAAAAAUUUAUUAUUGUUUGUCAAAGAAAACUUUUAAGAGGGAUGGGGAAAUGAUUAAAUACCAGAGACCGAUUCAGAGUAUAUGCUGCAUUAUGUCCUUCAGUGUUGUACCAUACAGAAACAGAUGCAGUGAUAGUUUUUUCACAGUAUGCUAAAACGUUCUUGCAUUGAGGAAGACGCUUAUGUUAAUAUUUAGGGAAUGCAGGGUUUUUGUUUAUUUUUUGUAAAGCUUAAAUUGAAAUGUAUGUUCUGUAUUUGAGCCUCCCGACUUAACUGAAUAAAUAUUGAACUGGUUCAGGA